CACAACACAAACACUCGCUUUGUUUCCCUUCUUCCCUUUCUCCAAUAUAUCUGUCAUUUCCCUCCCCUCUGAUCCUUUCUUCUUCUCCACGCUUCUCUGUUCACUAAAUCAGUGGCCGGUUGCUCUCUUGUGAUGGGGCUUACUUCUCUCCAAGUUUGCAUGGAUUCCGCUGACUGGCUCCAGGUUCAGGGCACGAUGGAGGAUGAGUCGGGAAUCAUAAUGGACUCCUCGUCGUCCUUAUCCCCAUUAAGCGGCGGCGGAGGAGGUGACAUGAUGCUGGCGGCCGCCGCCUGCUCGAGGCCGGCGGCAGCCGCCAUGAUGGAGCGGCGGCUGAGGCCGCCGCACGACCAGUCCCUGAAAUGCCCGCGGUGCGAGUCGACGCACACCAAGUUCUGCUACUACAACAACUACAGCCUCACCCAGCCCCGCUACUUCUGCAAGACCUGCCGCCGCUACUGGACCAAAGGCGGCACCCUCCGCAACAUCCCCGUCGGCGGCGGCUGCCGCAAGUCCAAGAAAUCCUCAAGCGGGAGCAAGAACAAGCAUUCAAACUCAUCGUCGGCCACGUCCUCGCCUUCCUCGUCUUCGUCACAUCUGCAUCACCAUGACCUCAUCAUGAAUCAUCAUAACAACCACCAGUACUUCAACUCCUUGCUGCUCGGCAGCAGCAGCGGCAACAUGGCUGGUGGCGGUGGCAAUAUUGGUCUCAUGAUGAACAACAACAACAACAACAACAACAACAACAACAACAACAACAAUGUGAUGAUGGCCGAGCCGAUUGACUUCCUGGAGAGCAAGCUGGAGGCCAUCGUCGGCAGGAAUGCUAACAACUAUGAUUUCAUGGGGAACGGUGCUGCUGCUACUGAUAUUGUUACCAAUAAUGAUCAUCGUCAUCAGAAUCUGGGGUUGGGAGGGCUCGGUGGUAAUUUCCAUGGCAUGAUGAGCUACGGUACCGGUGAACCUUCCGACAAUGAUAACUACGCCACUGCUGCUGCUGCUGGGAUGAGUAGUUUCAUGGAGACUUGCCAGAGGUUGAUGCUGCCUUACGACCACGACCACAACAACAACAACAACGUGGAGAUUCGUGACGACGAUGUGAAGCCGACGACGGCCAAGCUUUUGUCACUUGACACCUGGCAGCAAGACCACCACCAUCAUCAACAUCAUGAUCACGAGGAAACUCCUACUGGGUUCGGGUAUCUCAACGGGGCUUGGAACAAUAACGGUACUGUUCAUGCUAACAGUAGUAACGCCGUGAAUCGUCACCAUCUUCAUCACCAUCAUCAUCUCGUGAUGAAUGGUUAUAACGGCGGCUCCUCCACCGCCGCCGCCGCCACCAAUCCUCUCUUGUAAUGCAACAUGCACGUUAAUUAAGCACACAUGCAGAAUCUCGCUUACCGGCCGUUUAGUUUAACUAAUUAUUGUAUCUGGAUCAAGUAGUGGUGCUUUAAUUAGUUGCUUUGAGAUCGGGGUGGAAAAAAAAAGAGAAAGGGAGGAGGGUGAUGAUAUGAUGAAUGGUCCUGUGCUGAUGACGUGGAAGGUUCGAUGAUCAGUCAGAUCUGACUGUGCUUUGGCAGGUUUCGAGGCGGCGGGAGGAGGGGAUAAUUAUAGGUGUGAAUGGGGAAUGUUUGUUGGAGCACCAAAUUUACGACUGAAUUAUCUCUGCAUGCCUUUUUGUCUUUAUUAAUUAAUUUUUCAUUCUGUCUUUUGAUCGUGAGUUGCAUGUGUCGUUGAGGGUGACUGGUGGAGUGUGAGAAGACGUUCGAAAUUCAAAGCUAUGUAUGUAGGUGUAGGGUUAUUGUGUUGUAAUCUCGAGGACGAUCUG